UUUUAAAAAAAAUUAAAAGCCUCCUCAAUGAGUGCCAAGCUUUCCAAGGAGUUGAGGCUCUCCCUGCCGCCUUGCCUCUUGAAUAGGACAUCUGGCUCUUCAAAUGCCAGCAGCACCUGCAUCACGCAAGUGGGGCAGCUCUUCCAGUCUUUAUCUUCCACUCUUGUGCUCAUCGUCCUGGUCGUCCUCAUCUUUUGCCUCAUCCUGCUCUCUCUCAUUACUUUCCACGUCCACAAGCGGAAGAUGAAGAAGCGGAAAAUGCAAAAAGCCCAGGAGGAAUACGAGCGGGACCACUGCAGCGCCACCAGCCCAGGGUCAGGGGAUCCAUGUGAAAUACCCCAAGGAAGAGAAGCAUCCGGCCUCGGAAGAACCCACCAGGAUUCUAAUAUCCAGUGUACUUCUGCCCUGGAACCUCAGAACCCCCAUCCUGCAAGAUCCUGUUUGGACACAGAUGCUCCAGAGCUCUUGCAAACAGUGGUAUUGUCUUGAUUUCCUUGAUUUUAUUAUUUUUGUGUGUGUGGAGACCUCACCAAAAUACACUGUUUGGGGUUUGUACAUAUUUGAGUGAUUAUUAUAAUCCUGAAGAAGAUGAUGAAGAAAAAUAUUAUUA